AUGGAUGCCCCCAUACAGAUUUUCCGUGAGGAGCCAGACUCCACCUGCUCCCCAGGGCCCUGCCGACCCGCCAGCACCAGCAGCAGCUGGCUCCCGGGCUGGGCAGACUAUGACAGCAAUGCCACUGGGGCAUUUGGGGACGGCCAGCACAACAACACCAGCAUCUCCCCUGCCAUUCCCAUCAUCAUCACUGCUGUCUACUCGGUGGUCUUCGUCGUGGGCUUGGUGGGAAACUCCCUGGUCAUGUUUGUCAUCGUAAGGUACACGAAGAUGAAGACAGCGACCAACAUCUACAUCUUCAACCUGGCUAUGGCAGAUGCACUUGUUACCACGACCAUGCCUUUCCAAAGCACCGAGUACCUGAUGAACUCCUGGCCCUUUGGUGACGUGCUGUGUAAAAUAGUGAUUUCUAUUGACUAUUAUAACAUGUUUACCAGCAUUUUCACACUCACCAUGAUGAGUGUUGAUCGGUACAUUGCUGUCUGUCACCCUGUGAAGGCUCUGGACUUUCGUACACCCCUCAAAGCGAAGAUAAUCAACAUCUGUAUCUGGCUGCUGUCCUCAUCUGUUGGUAUAUCAGCAAUAGUUCUUGGAGGCACCAAAGUAAGGGAAGAUACCGCUAGCACUGAAUGCUCCUUGCAGUUUCCAGACAGAGAUUACGUGUGGUGGGACAUCUUCAUGAAAAUCUGUGUCUUUGUCUUUGCAUUUGUUAUUCCAGUCCUCAUUAUAAUUGUUUGCUAUACCCUGAUGAUUCUGCGCCUGAAAAGUGUACGGCUUCUCUCCGGGUCUCGAGAAAAAGAUCGAAACCUGCGUCGCAUCACCAGGCUGGUUCUUGUGGUUGUGGCAGUUUUUAUUAUCUGCUGGACUCCUAUUCACAUCUUUGUGCUGGUUGAGGCCUUGGGGGACGUGUCCCACAGUACUGCUGCCAUAUCCAGCUACUACUUCUGCAUCGCUUUGGGUUACACCAACAGCAGCCUCAACCCAAUCCUUUAUGCGUUUUUGGAUGAAAACUUCAAGAGAUGCUUCAAGGACUUCUGCUUCCCCCUCAAGAUGAGGAUGGACAGGCAGAGCACCAGCAGAGUCAGAAACACUGUGCAAGACCCAGCUUACAUGAGGGAAGCAGGUGGGGCAAACAAACCUGUAUGACUAGUCGUGGAAAUGUCAUCUUACUGUCCUCAGGAGAGAGAGGAGUCCAACGACCUAGGACUGACGCAGAUUACCACUGCAGUUUGAAAUCGACUCACCCAGACAGACAUUUCUGGAAUAUUUCAGAAAUCCCAGCAGUUUAAGCUAAAGCAAGUUUAUUAUUGAUAAACAAGAACCGCCUGAAAAUGAGCUCAGAUGAAAAGGACCUGGAUGAUGGCCAGAUUUUGGCACCGUAUCUGUUGUACUGGAGCCAGCACUAAAACACACUUUUGCAGAGUGAAGAGAUAGUGUUGCACCAGGUGAUUCUGGAUAAGAAUAGUUCUGGCUCUUCUCUUUACAAUAUGUAACAUUGUAAUAAGCAACAUUUGGUCCUAAAAGAACUCUACCAGAAGCUUCUGCCCCAGCAGUGAUUGCUUCUAAAGUAGGAAGUUUGACAACCUCAUCCUCUUUAACAGUGUUAGGUUUCUGUGAACAAUGCCAGAGCUAUAAUCAAUAUUGUCCUCAAUUAAUAUAUCUGUAACCUUUGUUUGUGCUGUGAAAAUCCAACUUAAGCAUGAUCUACCUACACACCAAAGUGAUUUUAUUGUGUCUGUGUAUGAUAAAGCCUUUUGGCA